AUGAAAGAAGCAAGAACGGCAACACUUUCGUCCGAAAAACUCGAGGCCCGCAGCUAUGCCAUUAUCAGUCUUGGCAUUAUGUGCCUCGUUGCUCUUCUUACUCACAUCCUCCUAAGUCCGCCCCUGAAUCCACCAUCGUCUCCGGGGGAGGAAAUGAACGCGAUGGUAUUGCGUGGUCUUGGUUCUUCCGUUUUAUUCUUCGUCUGGGCCGUGGGACUAGCUGCGUGGGGCAAAAACCUCGCUGAAUUUUCAAUUCAUAAGAGAAACCAAUCCUUCAUCUUUGGCCUUGUCGCAGGAAAUGUCUCCUUGGCCUACCUGAUUUUGACAAAGCCGCAUGCGCCAGCGCAAGAGUACAUCACCUACACCUUGUGGCCCGCCCAUGUGGCAUUGGCCAUUGGAGUAUUGUUCUGA